CAUUUCUAAAGUUGUCAUUUAAAAAAAAAACAAAUAUAACCUCAAAGAAUUUAAAAAAGGUUCUUGCGAUAAAUAUAAGUUACUUUUAUGUUUAUUUAAAAUUUUAACUAUUACAGCCAUUAGAUAUGGCUGGGACGUUAUUUCGUUCAGUGUUGAAUAACACCUUAUCUUUUUGUAAGAUAAACACUACAUGUUUGAGAUCAGUUCAUACAGCAACGGUAUACUAUGCGGCACGUAAAGGCACUAGGGCCAAGGCUCGUGCAAAAAAAGUUAAAGUGGAAGUCACUAAAGUGGGAUUUAUACCACACAAUCAAAGAGGAAAAGACAAGGGCGCAAAACUGAGUGUAUCAAAAUUUGUAGAUGAUUCGUACAAACAACUAGCAAAGGAUGAUGUUUUCCCCAUUAAAUACUACCGUUGGGUAGUGUACUCGGCUGAAGAAGCAGUCAAACUCCAUCAACAGACUCACCAUCCCACCAUGUACAAUGUGCCCGAUGCACUUGUUUUUGCAGAGAUACAUUUCAAUAUGGCUGCUGUAAAAAAGAAUCGUUACAUGGAGAACUUCACUCGUCUGACUCUCCUUCCUCAUUUCUUCCCUAGAGAUGAAGAGCGAUCCAUUCUCGCUUUCUGUAAGGGUGCUGAGCUGAUCAAGGAAGCUACCGACGCCGGGGCCAAGAUGGCCGGUGGUUCUGAUCUUAUUAAGAAAAUUCAGGAAGGCGAGAUAAAGCUAGGUGACUACGACUAUGUAAUCGCGCAUCCCAACAUCAUCACAGACUUAGUCCCAAUCCGUGGUCUUUUGAAGCGGAAGUUCCCUACCGUCAGAAAUGGAACUCUGGAUCCUGAUUUAGCAGAACUCGUGAAGAAAUUUGCUGCUGGGGUACAGUACAGAGUGUCGAAAGAUGACACCCAGGAGAGCUUUGGGAAGGUUGAGAUACCUGUGGGGAGGUUGAAUAUGGAGCCUAAACAAGUGGCGGAGAAUAUUGAUGCUCUAUUGAAAGACCUGCAGUCUGCGCGUCCUAAGAGAGAAGGAGACUUCAUAACUAGGUGCGUAAUCGGAAGCCCGCCCUCUCCGGAGAAGUUAAAAAUAGAUCCCUUUGUGCAUGUCGAACGUGAAAUACCAAAGGAAGUUCGAGAAGAUAGUGACGAUGAAGACGAUACAGCCGCCGUAGCUGCUACAGCAUAGAUUGAUAAUAACCCUUGUAGAUAAUUAGUUGUCGUUAAAUAUAAAUAAACGAAAAAAAUAA